UUUAUUAUCCUCCUUUUUUAAAUUCCAUAAUAACAGUCACGUUACCCCUUUUCCACUUCCUCAUAUUUUGCUCAGCACGAGUUCUCUAACGCCACUUCCCCGCCCCCUGUCUCUUUGAUCGACAACCGAAGAGCCAAUCAUUGUCGAGCGUCUUGCAUCGCUCACCGAUCGACAGGCGUAGGAGCCAAUCAGCGCGGCGCGGAGGCUAUCCAGGCGAGCUGGGUUUAGUAAUGGCUACCUAAGCAGCGGACUCUCACUUUGUUUAUAUCGCCGCGCUCGGAUCCGCCGGAGCCGCUUUGAACUCCUCAUUUCUGAUUCACUCUUUUAUUUCGCGCUGGUUUAGACAGCCGUGUGGCAAAGCCGCGGGUGUGCGCCGUGUGGAGGGGGAUGAGUUAAGCUGCUGAAUGAGCGGAAAAGGCCCUGAUGGUGCCGAUUUAAGGAUGAACUCGGUCUGGGAUCUGGCGGUCUCCUCCGCUUCGGCCAGCAGCAGCAGCAGCAGCCCGGCAGCGGCCGCCUCCUCUCGGGCUCUGCAUGUGGAGCUCACCUCGCAGCAGAGGCGUUUGCGUCACUUGCGAAGCAUCGCAGCGCGAAACAUCGUGAACCGAAAUGAUUCUCCAUUGCUGGACACGUACUUCACCCUCCACCUGUGUGUGGGUGACCGCAUAUCUAGAGAUUUUUACAAGAGUGAGGUCAUCAGAGACUCUUUGAACCCAACCUGGAGGAGUUUGGACUUUGCGAUGCUUCCGGACCUGCUGGACACGUCAGUGUCGAGUUUUGUCGUUCGGAUCUGGGGCGGCCGAGGCGAACAGUACCAACUGCUCAUCGAGUGGAAGGUCAACCUGGACGGAUUACGAUACACAGGACAGCAGAUCCGUUCCAGGAACCCGAAUGAGAUCAUAUUUGGACUCAAUGACGGCUACUAUGCAGCUGACUUUGAUCAGAAGGAUAAUUCAGAGAGAAAGAAGAACAGUUUGCUGCAGGUGGAUCAGAGCUCAGUGAGGAACUCCUACAGCGUCUUCUCUCUGCUCAGACUGCAUACAGCCCAGCGGGCGAUCAAACAGACGCAGGUCACUGUCCAGAGGAUUGGGAAGGAGAUUGAGGAGAAGCUGAGGACGACAGCGGCCUGCACAGAGCGGAAGAAAGAGCGAGAGUGUAUGCAGCUGCGUAUCGGUGUGCUGCGCAGUGAGCUGGAGAGACAGAAGAAGGCUCUGGUGCGAGAGAUGGACACACUACAGAAAGAAAGAGUGCAACUUCAAAGAAAAGAGGAGGCGUUCUCCUCUAAUCAUCAGAAGUUGGAGGCUGAGCGAGACACUCUGGCGGUCCUUCAUAAGGACUGCACGGCUAAAAGAGAGCAGUUUCUGAAGCUGAACGCUCAGCUCACCUUCCGCUGUCGUCAGCUCCUCUCUGAGCUCUCCUACAUCUACCCCAUCGAUGUGAAUAGUCAGUCAGACUACGUGAUCUGUGGUGUGAAACUGCCAAACUCUGAAGAUUUUCAAGCAAAGGAUGAUGGGAGCGUGGCGGUCGCCCUUGGUUACACGGCUCACCUGGUGCUGAUGAUUUCCUGCUUCCUGCAGAUCCCACUCAGGUAUCCCCUCAUUCACAGGGGCUCGCGCUCGUCCGUCAGAGACACCAUCACCGACAAGCUGAGCGAGAAAGAGAGAGAGUUCCCGCUGUACCCGCGAGGAGAGCGAUUCCACUUCGAGUACGGAGUCUACCUGCUCAACAAGAACAUCGCCCAGCUACGGUACCAGCAUGGCCUCUCCACACCGGACCUGCGGCAGACUCUGCCGAACCUGAAGAACUUUCUAGAACACGGGCUGCUGGUCAGAUGCGAUCGCCACCACAUCUCCAGCUCCAUCCCGGUCCCUCUGAAGUCUCAACUGAGUGUGUCCGCUGCCUCGGAGAUCACUUUCCCUGCCUCUCCGGACCGAGGAACCCGCAAAAGAGCGAGUUCGGAGGCAGAUAAACAGAAAUACAAAGAAAUGCAAACACCUCCGCCCAGCUAUCGCACGGCCACGGCCCAGUGUGACCCGAUAGCUGUCCCAGAAGUUCCGCCUGACCCUCCUGACCUUCUGAGCUCCUCUCUUGAUGCUAGCAUUGAUUUAGCCAAGACCCUUGAUGCGGACGGCCAGGUGAAGGUCGAGGAAGCAGCUGGGCCCCCGAACGAAGCAGCUGAGGCAGACGUUGAGGUUGAGAAAGAUCUAGAAGAAAAACCUGGAGAAGAAACCAAACCUCCAGAUGGCCUCCCUGCCGGAUGUCCUUUGGAAGAAGCCUCAACUAGCCAACUUCCAGGCACCAUGAACGGAUCGGCCGUGCCUGGGAACGGCGUGAAUGUCGGAAUCGCGGCCGUGGAACAAGCGGAGGAAAUUAUGGGCACUGAAGCCACAGGUUUAGGCCUUGGCCUAGGAUUAGGGUUGGGAUUGGGGUUGGGAUUGAGCGGAGGCGCAAGGUUGGAGGAUUUUCCGUGUAUUCCUGUUGAACACGCCGUUGCUGUGGAAAGCGACGAUCAGGUUCUAGGAGAGUUAGACGCUGCUGGAUUCGAGGAAUUCUCCCGACGCAUCUAUGCACUAAACGAGAACAUGUCCAGCUUCCGACGGCCGAGGAAAAACUCAGACAAAUGACUGGAACAUGGACCUGAGGGCACGGGACUCAAGAGGUCAAAGGAAUACUCAUCAGCAUAUUGAACCUAAUCUCUGUUAUCAGCAGCAUGCAGUCAAUCGUUUUGACGAAUUUUUCUGAAAUUGGAAAACAACAAAGAAACCAGUAACUCGAAACUCACUUACAGUAGACGCCAAUGAGCAGGUGCUGGAUUUCAUGCAAAACUCAUAUUUUUUGGAAGGUUUCCAGGUAAUUGUAAAUUAAACUGUACGUCUCUGAGACGGGACUACACUCUCAAAAGAUGGUUCUUCAAAGGUUCUUUAGUAAAGACAAUGUUUCUGCAGAGGCCCAUGAACGCUCAAAGAACCAUUUGCUUAAAGUUCUUUGCAUGGUG